AUGGGGCCCCGCGGAGCCGGGCGGGCGGCCGGUUGCCUGCUGCUGUGCUGCGCGCUGGCCGCGUCCCGCGUCGCCCCGCGGAGGAGGAGGCCGUCGUUCGGCGGGCAGGUGGCGGAGAACCGGCCGGCGGGCACGCGCGUGCAGGGGCUGAGCAUCCCGCUGACCCGGCUGGGGCACGAGCCCUGGUGCGCCGAGGUGCGGGGCCGCCGCUGGCGCCUGCAGCUGCUGGGCGAGGGCCACGCGCACUUCCAGGCGGCGCUGCACGCCCGCUCGGGCCGCGUCUGGCUGCGCACCCGUCGCCCGCUGGACCGCGAGGCGCGGCCGCUCUACGCGCUCCGCCUGGGCUUGUGCUGCCAGCGCUGCGCGUCGCGCGGAGCCGCCCCCGCCGAGCUGGCCGCCCUGACCGUCCGCGUGCUGGACGACAACGACAACGCGCCGCGCUUCGUGGGGGGGCAGCCCCGCGGCGUCACGCGGCUCCGCGUGGAAGAGACGCUGGCGCUGCGUUCCGCCGUGUGGCACGCGCGCGCCGAGGACGCGGACGCGGGGCCCAACGCGGAGCUGCGCUACUUCGCCCGCCCGAGCAGCGCGCACUUCUUCGUGGUGCCGCGCAGCGGGCGCGUGGUGCUGGUGCGCUCCCUGCUGCACCUGCGCGAGCCCAUCCCGCUGCGCCUCUACGCGCGAGACCGCGGGCGGCCGCCGCGCCUCAGCGCGCCCCUGGAACUCGAGGUGCUGCCGCAGCCCCGCCGCCUCCCGCCGCCCCGCGCCCUUCGCCGCCGCCGAGCUCCGCCGCCGCCCUCCGCCGCUCCCCUGGCGCUGGCGGUGCCCGAGGACGCCCGGCCCGGCACCCUCCUGGCCGCGCUGUCGCCCGCGCCCUUCGCCGCAGCGCGGUUCGAGCUCGUGUCCCCGCCCGCGGAGCGGUCGCCGCUGCUUGUGGAGCGGGACGGCGGCGCGGUGACGGUCGCGGCGCCCCUGGACCGGGAGGCGGCGGCCGCGUGGGACAUCCUCGUCCGCGUCCGGCAGCGCGCAGGGAAAGACUGGUAUUUGUUGCACUUAACGCUUACUGUGUUGGAUGUGAAUGACAACAAACCUGAAUGGGCCAUGGAGCCCUUCCCAUUCUUGGCCGUGGUUUCUCCCCAAGCUACAGAAGGAACCAAAGUAUACAAGCUGCUGGCUGUGGAUGCGGAUGAAGGGAUCAAUGGAACCGUAGAAUAUUUUCUGCUGGAAGGUGGAGAAGGCAGAUUUGAGGUUGAGAGGGACACUGGCUGGAUUAAAACGACAGGCUUGCCACUGGUGAGGAACAAAGAGUAUUUACUGACUGUGCUAGCAGCAGAUAAACUUGGAAGCAAAGGGUCUCCAGCCUCUGUUUCUGUAAUUGCCGGAUUUCGACCACCACAGUUCACCAACACAUCGUACUUGGUUUAUGUUCCUGAAAAUAUAGCAGAAGGAAAAUCCUUUCUUAGGGUCACUGCUGUAUCAUAUCAAAACAAAUCCCUGAGCUACAGUUUGCUCACUAAUCCAAGUGGUCUGUUCAGCGUUGAGCAGGCAACGGGGGAUAUCAGCUUAACACGGAGUGUGGACUAUGAGGGUGACCAACACCAGCACCUCCUUCUGGUCAGAGCCAAGGAAGAUGAACAAUUCAGUAGUGCAGCUGAGGUUUUGGUUGUAAUCACAGAUGUGAACGAUUGUGCUCCAGAAUUUCAUCAGUCCAUUUACAGCAAAGUCAGUGUUCCUGAAACAGUUACUGUGACUACUGCGCUUCUACAAGUGACAGCCACUGACUGUGAUUCGAAAGAGAAUGCCGAAAUAUUGUAUUACACUUUGAGUCCAGACUUCAGUAUUACUUCUCAUGGUACUAUAUUCCCAGCAAGAGAACUGGACUACGAGCGACCUAACCAUCUUUAUGAGUUCAUAAUUAUGGCUGUGGAUAAAGGGGAAGAUCCAAAGACUGGGACAGCAACUGUUAGGAUCCAUAUUUCAAAUGUAAACGAUGAAGCUCCUGAGUUUUCCCAGGCAAUCUACAGGAGCUUUGUUUCUGAAGAUGCAGGCCCAAAUACACUGGUAGCUGCAGUCAGUGCUGUUGACCCUGAUGGAGAUGGCGUGACCUAUGAUAUUCCAUCUGGGAAUCAAAAAGGAAACUUCGUUGUUGACCCUAAGAAAGGGCUAGUUAGACUUCGUUCAAGUCCAUUUCCAAAGCUGCAGGGGACAGAGUAUGUACUUAAUGUCACAGCUACUGAUGAUAAUGCCUCGGGAGGGCCCCAUUCUCUUACAAGUACUGCCCAGGUUAUUGUGAAAAUUGAUGAUGUGAACAACAACAAACCUGUAUUUCAGAAGUGUCAUUAUUAUAGGGAACAUGCUUCUGUGUUGGAAAACCAGCCCUUGGGGACGGUUGUGCUGCAAGUUGAAGCCACUGAUGCUGAUGAAGGAGCCAACGGUAUAGUGAAAUAUGGCUUGAUGCACAGAGAUGGUGUCCUACCAGCGUUUAGUAUUCACCCUGACACAGGAGUUCUGACAACUGUUCAGGUAUUUGAUCGAGAAAAACAGAGGGAAUAUCCUGUCACUGUGACAGCAACAGACCAGGCAGCAGAGCCGCUCAUUGGAAUAUGUCAGAUAAAUGUUAUCAUUCUGGACCAAAAUGACAAUGAUCCCAGAUUUGAAAACACCCACUAUGAAUAUUUCCUAAGAGAGGACACAAGAGUUGGGACCAGCUUUCUCCGUGUUGCAGCACAUGAUGAUGAUUACAGCUCAAAUGCUGUCAUCACAUACUCCAUAGCAAAUGAAGAAACAGAUUAUUUAGAAAUUAAUCCCACGUCUGGCUGGAUAUUUGUUAACCAACCCAUAUCUCAGAGGUCAUCUAUAAUUCGAGAUAUUAUUGCUACAGAUGGAGGCAAUAGAAGCAGUAAAGUUGAACUUGUGGUAACUGUUACUAGUGCAAAAAACCAGCCUCCACAGUGGGAAAGAGACAGCUAUGAAGUUGUCAUUCCAGAGAAUACUACACGAGAUGCAUCAGUUUUGAGAAUCAAAGCGACUUCUCCCCUUGGUGAUCCUCGUGUGACUUACAACCUAGAAGAGGGACUUGUUCCAGAAACCAACAUGCCAGUUCGUUUCUACUUGACUCCAAACAGAGAUGAUGGCUCCGCUUCAAUCCUGGUAGCUGAGCGACUGGAUUAUGAAACAACAAAGAACUUUCUGCUGAGAGUUCGAGCACAGAAUGUUGCUGCAGUUCCUCUGGCAGCAUUCACUAUGAUCUAUAUUAAUGUAACAGAUGUCAACGACAAUGUCCCAUUCUUCACCUCAUCUAUUUAUGAAGCCUCAAUAACAGAGGGAGCUGGCAUUGGGACAUUUGUCAUUCAGGUCUCUGCCACCGACCUUGACCUUGGUCAGAACGGUGAGAUAACUUACUCUCUGUUACAUGACCGUAGUGAAGACUAUAGAUGUUUCCGCUUGGACUCACGGACAGGCUCAAUAUACACUAACUCAGUGUUUGACAGAGAGAAGAAGGGAUCCUAUCUUUUAGAAGUUGAGUCAGUUGAUGGCUCUGAAUCAGCCCGGCCUGGAAAACAUGGGAGGCCAAAUUCUGACACAGCCUAUGUGCGCGUUUUUAUCACCGAUGUGAAUGAUAACAAGCCUGUCUUCACUCAGAGUGUCUAUGAAGUAAAUGUGGAUGAAGAUCAGGAUGUGGGCUCAACUAUCAUUACAGUCGGUGCUAAUGAUGAAGAUGAAGGAACAAAUGCUAAGUUACGUUAUCAGAUCACUGCUGGAAACACAGGAGGAGUGCUUGAUGUACAACCAGAAACGGGAGCUGUUUUUAUUGCCCAGCCACUGGAUUAUGAAGAAACGAAAAUGUAUGAGAUCCACUUGUUGGCUUCUGAUGGGAAAUGGGAAGAUUAUGCAGUUACCAUCAUCAAUGUCAUGAAUAAAAAUGACGAGUCUCCGGUUUUCUCUAUCAACGAAUACUAUGGAAGUAUAAUUGAGGAACUGGAUGGGUUACCAGUCUUUGUGCUUCAGGUUAUGGCAAAUGAUCCUGAUAGUAAUGUGGAUGAAGGAGAUUUGAGUUACUCAUUGCAUGGGCAUGGUGCUGCUGAUGUUUUCACAAUAGAUGAGAACACAGGAAGCAUUUAUGCACACAGGAUGCUGGAUCGGGAAGAGAGGGCACUUUGGAGAUUUGUUGUAUUGGCUACCGAUGAAGGUGGAGAAGGACUUACGGGAUUUGCUGAUGUAAUUAUUAAUGUGUGGGAUAUAAAUGACAAUGCACCCUUGUUCACAUGCAUGCCUGAUGAUUGCAAUGGAAGCGUCUUUGAAAAUUCCCCUGCAGAUACAUUAGUCAUGGAGAUGAGUGCAGUUGAUCGCGAUGAUCCAAAUGUAGGUCUCAAUGCUGUUUUGACUUACAGGAUAACAGAGAAUGUGAAAAACGAGUUUGGUACUGACGUAUUUAAUAUCGAUCCCAAUACUGGUACUAUCCAUGUAGCAGGGGGAGCUAUAGACAGAGAAAGGACUGCAAGUUACUUUCUUACUGUUGAAGCAAGAGAUGGGGGAGGGCUAACAGGAACUGGCACUGCCACCAUCUGGAUUGCGGAUGUCAAUGAUCACGUACCUAAUUUUACUAAAGAGAUGUGGCAGGCAGCUAUUCCUGAAAACAGUGCCAUUGACUCAGAAAUUCUCCGAGUGUCUGCUACAGAUGCAGACCAUGGGGAAAACGCUCGCUUAACAUUCAGUAUCAUCAGGGGAGACCCAGAUCAGAAGUUUUAUAUUGAGAAUGACAAAGAAUGGCAAUGUGCCACUAUCAGACUGAAAAAAAACUUGGAUUUUGAGAAAGCACAUGAAAGACAGUUUAAUCUGACUAUUAAAGUGGAAGAUCUUGAUUUUUCUAGUACUGCUUUGUGCCUGAUUGAAGUUGAAGACUCUAAUGACCACAGUCCAGUUUUCCAUUCUCAGCUUAUUCAGACGAGCCCUGUUUUUGAAAACACACCUGUAGGUACUACAGUAACCACAGUGAGAGCUACGGACGAGGAUUCUGGUUUGAAUGGGAACAUUAUAUAUUCUAUAAAGCCAGAUUCGGAUCCUGUGAGGCAAUUUGUCAUUGACCAACAUGGUCAUGUGAUUGUGGCAAAUAAACUAGAUCGUGAAGUCAUUGAGAAAUACAGUUUAAUCGUGCAAGCUUCAGAUCAAGGGACACCUGCUGAAACUGGAAGUGUUACGGUUUUAAUUAACUUGCUUGAUGUUAAUGAUAAUGGACCAAGGUUUGAGGCACCAUACAUGCCAGUAGUUUGGGAAAACAUGUUGAGGCCUGAAAUAGUGUAUAUGAACCACUCAUCAAAACUGCUUCAUGCAUAUGAUCCAGACGGCAAGGAAAAUGGGCCACCGUUUACAUUUUCAUUGCCACCAGAUUAUCAGAAUUCUUUGGAUUUUUCUCUUACUGACAACAGAAAUGACACUGCAACCAUAACUGCUUUGAGGUCCUUUGACAGAGAAAAGCAGAAGGUGUUUCAUCUGCCUAUAGUUAUAACAGAUAGCGGGAUUCCAGUUAUGAGCUCUACAAACACCUUAAUAAUAACAGUUGGUGAUGAAAAUGACAACUGCCAUGAAUCUGGCCAUAAGGAUAUCUAUGUUUUCAGUAACAAAGGAAAAUGGUCAUCAACAGUGCUUGGGGAAGUGUUCGCACCAGAUCAGGAUGAGUGGGACAACAAAACAUUUCUCUCUGAAGGAAAACUGUUCAAGUCUUUCAGAUUAAAUCAGAGAACUGGUUCGUUGAUGAUGGUGGAUAAUGCUCCUCAAGGAAUAUACAACUUAAAAGUCAGAGUUUCUGAUGGACUUUGUCCUGAUGUUAUAUCUACAGUACAAAUCCAUGUCAAAGAGCUGGAAAAUGAAGCCAUACAAAACUCAGCCACUGUGCGUCUGUCAGAUGUCACUGCGGAGGAGUUUAUAAGGAGUGGUGAACGUGGCAAAAACAGAUAUGACAUGUUCAAGGAGUUACUGGCAAAAAUGUUAUCAGUUCAGUUUAGUGAUAUCAUUGUCUUCGGUUUGACGAACAUUGAUGGAAAACAGGCAGAUGUAAGAUUUGCAGUUCAUGAUGGCUCAGCGUAUUACAGACCUGAGAAACUGCAUGCUGAGGUGGCAGCAUUUAGAAAUGAGAUCCAGUCAGCUUUACAAGUGAGCAUUUCACAGAUUGACGUGGAUGAAUGUAGGAGCGCGAACUGUAGCGAGGGCAAUGGUUGUAUGAACCACCUCGCUGUGAGCAACGUCCCGACGGUGGUGGAUGCAGGGAGCGUGUCGCUGGUCUCUGUGACAACCACCAUCAGCGCCGUCUGCACCUGUGCUGCCAGGAACCGAGUCCAUCAGCCUUGCUCCUCCUACGCCCACAGCCCUUGUCUCAAUGGUGGGAUGUGUAUUGACACUUUGAAUGGUUACAGAUGUCUUUGUCCUGCUUCGUUUCAUGGACCAGACUGCCAGCAGACUAAGCACAGUUUCCAUGGAAAUGGUUAUGCAUGGUUUCGUCCCAUCAGGCCUUGUUUUGAAAGCUCACUUUCUCUAGAGUUUAUUACCACAGUUCCAGAUGGACUUCUUUUAUACAGUGGUCCUUUAUCAAAUCCAGAACCUGGGAAUACAGAAAACUUCAUUGCAAUAGAGCUCUCCAGUGGCAUUCCUGUGCUGAAGAUGAGCCAUGGCUCAGGUUCUGUGAUGCUGCAGUUUCCAAGUCACCUGAAUGUAACAGACAAAAAAUGGCAUCAACUGGAAGUGAGAACCAGUGGUCAGGAUGUUCGAUUCAUUUUGGAUCGCUGCAGCACUGCUGUUGUUUCAGAGAUCGAAGGAGUGGGCAAAUGGCUGUCUGCUGACGAUCGCACAAACUGUGAAGUCCUUGGGUCUGUUCCCCAAAGGGCCAGGUAUUUGAAUGGGAACCAUGUUCUUCAGCUGGGCGGUGUAAAAGAAUCGUUGCCAUAUUCCUACCCACAGCUGCUACACAAGCACUUUUCUGGUUGUUUGCGCAAUUUCAUCUUGGAUACCCAGGUAUAUGACCUCCAGACUCCUGCAGAGUCCCUGAACAGCUUUCCAGGCUGCACACUUACUGAUGGGAGCUGUGAGGCCAUGGGGUCUUCUUCCUGUGGCGUUCAUGGGAGGUGUCUCGGAGACUGGGGCUCCUUUGCUUGUCACUGCUUGCCUGGUUACUAUGGUUAUGGAUGUGAUAAAGUUGCCAAAGAAUACACAUUUGGGCCAGGAAGUCACAUUCGCUAUCAGCUUCCCAUCAGUGUACCUGCCCGCAGGACACUGUUCGAAGCCAUGAUUAGGACGCGGCAGCCUGACAGUGUCAUCACAAGCAUGUUGUCUCGAAAUAAGGAUGAGCACAUAACACUGCAGGUUGUUCAGGGAUUCUUAGCGGUCUCAUAUAAUCUGGGUGAUGGAGACUAUUCUGUAAGCCUUCCAUCCUACAACAUUGAUAAUGGUGAGUGGCAUCACAUCACACUGGACAGAAAUGACAAUGAAUUUACUCUUCGCCUUCAUGAAGGAGGUGGGAAGAGAGAAAUUCUGAAAGCAGCAGGAGUGUACAAAGAGAUUGUGAUUGACCCCAGCAGCUUGGUCCUUGGAAGCACCUACCCAUUUGAUCUCAACAAGAGUUUUCAAGGAUGUAUGAAGGAUGUCAGAUUUAAUAACUACAGGAUCCCACUGGACACUCACACAAAGGAGCUGGUGUCAGUAUUAAGUGCCCGAGGCGUCACAGAAGGCUGUUCUUCAGAGGCGUGUAGGAAUAACCCUUGUAACCAGGAAUUUAUUUGUAUUGAUUUGUGGAUGAUGCAUGAAUGCAGUUGCCCGCCGGGACACAUGAUUGUGGAGAAUGCCAGUGGUAGACAGUGUGUCCUCACUGCAUGCGCGAAACGGCCCUGUAACUAUGGUACCUGCAUCUCGCAGUCACCAACCAGGUUCCAGUGCCACUGCCCUGAUGGCUACACUGGACGCAACUGUGAAAUCACGUUGGCAAUCUUUCACAAGGAUACAGGCCUGACCUUUAGUUCCAUGUUUGCCAUCUGCAUUUGCUUUUUGGCACUGUUAGGUAGUUAUGGCAACUACUUACUGUAUUACCUCUGGUGAUCUCGUUUAUCCAUCUUGUCCUAAACAGUCAUCAUCUCAUCCUCAUGCUGAACAAAAGUUUUCUAAUGGCAACUUGACUCUGCCUUGACGACUUUGCCAUGGUCUCAGCUCCAUCAGCAAACUCAUUUCUCAUCCCCAUGUACAUAUAUUGCUAAGUGAAUCAACAUUUGAUAGCUAUGGAAAAUCUUUGCAGUUUUAUUUUCUGCACAUUUUCACGUUAUUGUAAAGGAACUGUUCAGAUGCGUAACCAGAAGCAAAUGCAAUUGAACAGAAAGAGGAAAAAAUGCUACCAAACACGCAUUGUUUGAAAUACUACUGAUCAUGAAACAUUUUUCAGUCCAGGAGAAAUAUGCGGUGUGAUAGGAAUGAACUUGGUUGAAAAGAGCAAUCUCCUGCAUCUUAUCCAGUUGUGACACAACUCACAGCUGCUUUUUGCUUCUAGAACCAUUUCUGUGCUUCGGUAUUUGGUCUCAGAAAGAAAAGCCAAAGGAUCUCACUACGGAGGAAGGUUCACAUCUGCUAGUCCUUCUUAUUUACGUUUCAUGAAAGUUUGCCCGAGUAAGGACACAGGAUUUUACUCAUAGGUUUUACAAUUUUCAUUUAGUUCAGAAGUUGUAGUGAGAAUAUGAAAGUUUAUUGAGAGCUAUUUUGAAUUUAUCUGUAGCUACAGGAAGUACCACCUCUUUCCUCAAGUCUGCUAUGUUUGCCAUGCAAAUAUGAACAGCAAAUAAUGUGGAAAUUUAACUGGUUUCACAGCAUUUAGAAUCUCAGUUACUUGUCUUUGAGAUCAUUAUACUAA